ACAUUUUGUAAACUCUCAACAAACUGAUAAAGAUGGCGAACAUGUAAAUCCACGGACAAUGACAUAUUGUCUAAUGGACAAUGACAUAUUGUCUAAUGGACAAAGACAUAUUGUCUAAUGGACAAUGACAUAUUGUCUAUGCGAAAACCUCAUCUCAUAUCGAACGGAAAGCUACAAUUCUCGUUGGAAAAAACCCGAAUAUUGACGGGCCAUGGCAGAUUAUGAGAAUUUGAACUUGUGGCAGCAUUUCUUGUCCAGUCUUCAGAAGUCAACAAAGAACUUUACGCCAGAGAAAGAGAGGGAUGUAUUUCUUGGCAGUAUUGAUUGUUUCUCAACAAAUCUGAGCAGACGACUCCUUGAAACAAGUGGCCAGAGUAUUAAAACAAAACUUUCCUUAUCAGCUUUACAAAAAAUCGAAAGCGGUGCUUACGGAUUUAGAGCAAAUAAAGAGUCAGGAAGUGAGAAUGAAUCAGAGAAACGUUCAGGAACUCUUUCCUCUAAAACAUACGUGAACGUUCAACAAGCUUCAGAAAAUGAAGAAAAUAAAUUGUUUAACACCAUUUCAGGAGCUGCCGGAUCCGGUGUAAAGGCUUUGGUUAAAGCUGAAGAGGGAACUGAAAAUGUCCGCCGCACAGAAAAUACAUCAGAUGUUGUCCAGAAGGCUGCGAGCUUUAUAUUUCCUAAUGUACCUGUGCAUUCUAAGCAAACCAGUGGAUCAACAGACGUACCAACAGCCGUCAAAAGGAUAGCCAAGAUGGACGACAGCUCGAACCAUGACGUGUCCGAGUCAUCAAACGUACCAACAGCCGUCAAAAGGAUAGCCAAGACGGACGACAGCUCGAACCAUGACGUGUCCGAGUCAUCAAACGUACCAACAGCCGUCAAAAGGAUAGCCAAGACGGACGACAGCUCGAACCAUGACGUGUCCGAGUCAUCAAACGUACCAACAGCCGUCAAAAGGAUAGCCCAGACGGACGACAACUCGAACCAUGACGUGUCCGAGUCAUCAAACGUACCAACAGCCGUCAAAAGGAUAGCCCAGACGGACGACAGCUCGAACCAUGACGUGUCCGAGUCAUCAAACGUACCAACAGCCGUCAAAAGGAUAGCCCAGACGGACGACAGCUCGAACCAUGACGUGUCCGAGUCAUCAAACGUACCAACAGCCGUCAAAAGGAUAGCCCAGACGGACGACAGCUCGAACCAUGACGUGUCCGAGUUAUCAGACGUACCAACAGCCGUCAAAAGGAUAGCCCAGACGGACGACAGCUCGAACCAUGACGUGUCCGAGUCAUCAAACGUACCAACAGCCGUCAAAAGGAUAGCCAAGACGGACGACAGCUCGAACCAUGACGUGUUCGAGUCAUCAAACGUUCCAACAGCCGUCAAAAGGAUAGCCCAGACGGACGACAGCUCGAACCAUGACGUGUCCGAGUCAUCAAACGUACCAACAGCCGUCAAAAGGAUAGCCAAGACGGACGACAGCUCGAACCAUGACGUGUCCGAGUCAUCAAACGUACCAACAGCCGUCAAAAGGAUAGCCCAGACGGACGACAGCUCGAACCAUGACGUGUCCGAGUCAUCAAACGUACCAACAGCCGUCAAAAGGAUAGCCAAGACGGACGACAGCUCGAACCAUGACGUGUCCGAGUCAACAGACGUACCAACAGCCGUCAAAAGGAUAGCCAAGAAGGACGACAGCUCGAACCAUGACGUGUCCGAGUCAUCAAACGUACCAACAGCCGUCAAAAGGAUAGCCCAGACAAACGACAGCUCGAACCAUGACGUGUCCGAGUCAUCAAACGUACCAACAGCCGUCAAAAGGAUAGCCAAGACGGACGACAACUCGAACCAUGACGUGUCCGAGUCAUCAAACGUACCAACAGCCGUCAAAAGGAUAGCCCAGACGGACGAAAGCUCGAACCAUGACGUGUCCGAGUCAUCAAACGUACCAACAGCCGUCAAAAGGAUAGCCAAGACGGACGAAAGCUCGAACCAUGACGUGUCCGAGUCAUCAAACGUACCAACAGCCGUCAAAAGGAUAGCCCAGACGGACGACAACUCGAACCAUGACGUGUCCGAGUCAUCAAACGUACCAACAGCCGUCAAAAGGAUAGCCCAGACGGACGACAGCUCGAACCAUGACGUGUCCGAGUCAUCAAACGUACCAACAGCCGUCAAAAGGAUAGCCCAGACGGACGACAGCUCGAACCAUGACGUGUCCGAGUCAUCAAACGUACCAACAGCCGUCAAAAGGAUAGCCCAGACGGACGACAGCUCGAACCAUGACGUGUCCGAGUCAUCAAACGUACCAACAGCCGUCAAAAGGAUAGCCCAGACGGACGACAGCUCGAACCAUGACGUGUCCGAGUUAUCAGACGUACCAACAGCCGUCAAAAGGAUAGCCAAGACGGACGAAAGCUCGAACCAUGACGUGUCCGAGUCAUCAAACGUACCAACAGCCGUCAAAAGGAUAGCCAAGACGGACGACAGCUCGAACCAUGACGUCUCCGAGUCAUCAAACGUACCAACAGCCGUCAAAAGGAUAGUCAAGACGGACGACAGCUCGAACCAUGACGUGUCCGAGUCAUCAAACGUACCAACAGCCGUCAAAAGGAUAGCCAAGACGGACGACAGCUCGAACCAUGACGUGUCCGAGUCAUCAAACGUACCAACAGCCGUCAAAAGGAUAGCCAAGACGGACGACAGCUCGAACCAUGACGUGUCCGAGUCAUCAAACGUACCAACAGCCGUCAAAAGGAUAGCCCAGACGGACGACAACUCGAACCAUGACGUGUCCGAGUCAUCAAACGUACCAACAGCCGUCAAAAGGAUAGCCCAGACGGACGACAGCUCGAACCAUGACGUGUCCGAGUCAUCAAACGUACCAACAGCCGUCAAAAGGAUAGCCCAGACGGACGACAGCUCGAACCAUGACGUGUCCGAGUCAUCAAACGUACCAACAGCCGUCAAAAGGAUAGCCCAGACGGACGACAGCUCGAACCAUGACGUGUCCGAGUUAUCAGACGUACCAACAGCCGUCAAAAGGAUAGCCAAGACGGACGAAAGCUCGAACCAUGACGUGUCCGAGUCAUCAAACGUACCAACAGCCGUCAAAAGGAUAGCCCAGACGGACGACAGCUCGAACCAUGACGUGUCCGAGUCAUCAAACGUACCAACAGCCGUCAAAAGGAUAGCCAAGACGGACGACAGCUCGAACCAUGACGUGUCCGAGUCAUCAAACGUACCAACAGCCGUCAAAAUGAUAGCCCAGACGGACGACAGCUCGAGCCAUGACGUGUCCGAGUCAUCAAACGUACCAACAGCCGUCAAAAGGAUAGCCCAGACGGACGACAACUCGAACCAUGACGUGUCCGAGUCAUCAAACGUACCAACAGCCGUCAAAAGGAUAGCCCAGACGGACGACAGCUCGAACCAUGACGUGUCCGAGUCAUCAAACGUACCAACAGCCGUCAAAAGGAUAGCCCAGACGGACGACAGCUCGAACCAUGACGUGUCCGAGUCAUCAAACGUACCAACAGCCGUCAAAAGGAUAGCCCAGACGGACGACAGCUCGAACCAUGACGUGUCCGAGUCAUCAAACGUACCAACAGCCGUCAAAAGGAUAGCCAAGACGGACGACAGCUCGAACCAUGACGUGUCCGAGUCAUCAAACGUACCAACAGCCGUCAAAAUGAUAGCCCAGACGGACGACAGCUCGAACCAUGACGUGUCCGAGUCAUCAAACGUACCAACAGCCGUCAAAAGGAUAGCCCAGACGGACGACAGCUCGAACCAUGACGUGUCCGAGUCAUCAGACGUACCAACAGCCGUCAAAAGGAUAGCCCAGACGGACGACAGCUCGAACCAUGACGUGUCCGAGUCAUCAAACGUACCAACAGCCGUCAAAAGGAUAGCCAAGACGGACGACAGCUCGAACCAUGACGUGUUCGAGUCAUCAAACGUUCCAACAGCCGUCAAAAGGAUACCCCAGACGGACGACAGCUCGAACCAUGACGUGUCCGAGUCAUCAAACGUACCAACAGCCGUCAAAAGGAUAGCCAAGACGGACGACAGCUCGAACCAUGACGUGUCCGAGUCAUCAAACGUACCAACAGCCGUCAAAAGGAUAGCCCAGACGGACGACAGCUCGAACCAUGACGUGUCCGAGUCAUCAAACGUACCAACAGCCGUCAAAAGGAUAGCCAAGACGGACGACAGCUCGAACCAUGACGUGUCCGAGUCAACAGACGUACCAACAGCCGUCAAAAGGAUAGCCAAGAAGGACGACAGCUCGAACCAUGACGUGUCCGAGUCAUCAAACGUACCAACAGCCGUCAAAAGGAUAGCCCAGACAAACGACAGCUCGAACCAUGACGUGUCCGAGUCAUCAAACGUACCAACAGCCGUCAAAAGGAUAGCCAAGACGGACGACAACUCGAACCAUGACGUGUCCGAGUCAUCAAACGUACCAACAGCCGUCAAAAGGAUAGCCCAGACGGACGAAAGCUCGAACCAUGACGUGUCCGAGUCAUCAAACGUACCAACAGCCGUCAAAAGGAUAGCCAAGACGGACGAAAGCUCGAACCAUGACGUGUCCGAGUCAUCAAACGUACCAACAGCCGUCAAAAGGAUAGCCCAGACGGACGACAGCUCGAACCAUGACGUGUCCGAGUCAUCAAACGUACCAACAGCCGUCAAAAGGAUAGCCCAGACGGACGACAGCUCGAACCAUGACGUGUCCGAGUCAUCAAACGUACCAACAGCCGUCAAAAGGAUAGCCCAGACGGACGAAAGCUCGAACCAUGACGUGUCCGAGUCAUCAAACGUACCAACAGCCGUCAAAAGGAUAGCCCAGACGGACGACAGCUCGAACCAUGACGUGUCCGAGUCAUCAAACGUACCAACAGCCGUCAAAAGGAUAGCCCAGACGGACGACAGCUCGAACCAUGACGUGUCCGAGUUAUCAGACGUACCAACAGCCGUCAAAAGGAUAGCCAAGACGGACGAAAGCUCGAACCAUGACGUGUCCGAGUCAUCAAACGUACCAACAGCCGUCAAAAGGAUAGCCAAGACGGACGACAGCUCGAACCAUGACGUCUCCGAGUCAUCAAACGUACCAACAGCCGUCAAAAGGAUAGUCAAGACGGACGACAGCUCGAACCAUGACGUGUCCGAGUCAUCAAACGUACCAACAGCCGUCAAAAGGAUAGCCCAGACGGACGACAGCUCGAACCAUGACGUGUCCGAGUCAUCAAACGUACCAACAGCCGUCAAAAGGAUAGCCCAGACGGACGACAGCUCGAACCAUGACGUGUCCGAGUCAUCAAACGUACCAACAGCCGUCAAAAGGAUAGCCCAGACGGACGACAGCUCGAACCAUGACGUGUUCGAGUCAUCAAACGUACCAACAGCCGUCAAAAGGAUAGCCCAGACGGACGACAGCUCGAACCAUGACGUGUCCGAGUUAUCAGACGUACCAACAGCCGUCAAAAGGAUAGCCAAGACGGACGAAAGCUCGAACCAUGACGUGUCCGAGUCAUCAAACGUACCAACAGCCGUCAAAAGGAUAGCCAAGACGGACGACAGCUCGAACCAUGACGUGUCCGAGUCAUCAAACGUACCAACAGCCGUCAAAAGGAUAGUCAAGACGGACGACAGCUCGAACCAUGACGUGUCCGAGUCAUCAAACGUACCAACAGCCGUCAAAAGGAAAGCCGCCAGUGGAUCAACAGACGUACCAACAGCCGUAAAAAAGUCAAAGGACACACAGAAAUGUGUAUCUGGUGGAGCAUUCAGUACUUCCCUUCAGGCGAUUGAAGACACGGCAGAUAUUCCUUCUCAUUCCUAUAUGAUGUCUGGUAAACAGGAUUCAAGUUGGAAGAAAUCAUCGGAACCACAAAUAACUGAAGAAUGUACGUCUGUGCUGUCACCUGGGGUUUUUACUCAUCUGCAUGAAGAUGUCGAGACAAAUCGUACUCGAAAGCGUAACGUAAACAAAAACAAACGUAAAAUUAAUGACGUGUCCGAGUCAUCAAACGUACCAACAGCCGUCAAAAGGAUAGCCAAGACGGACGACAGCUCGAACCAUGACGUGUCCGAGUCAUCAAACGUACCAACAGCCGUCAAAAGGAUAGUCAAGACGGACGACAGCUCGAACCAUGACGUGUCCGAGUCAUCAAACGUACCAACAGCCGUCAAAAGGAAAGCCGCCAGUGGAUCAACAGACGUACCAACAGCCGUCAAAAGGAUAGCCCAGACGGACGAAAGCUCGAACCAUGACGUGUCCGAGUCAUCAAACGUACCAACAGCCGUCAAAAGGAUAGCCAAGACGGACGAAAGCUCGAACCAUGACGUGUCCGAGUCAUCAAACGUACCAACAGCCGUCAAAAGGAUAGCCCAGACGGACGACAACUCGAACCAUGACGUGUCCGAGUCAUCAAACGUACCAACAGCCGUCAAAAGGAUAGCCCAGACGGACGACAGCUCGAACCAUGACGUGUCCGAGUCAUCAAACGUACCAACUGAAGCAUGUACCUCUGUGCUGUCACCUGGGGUUUUUACUCAUCUGCAUGAAAAUGUCGAGACAAAUCGUACUCGAAAGCGUAACGUAAACAAAAACAAACGUAAAAAUAAUGUGGAUAUUCCGUGUUCUAAGUGGACAUUACAAAUGCUGUCUAAAUAUGUCGACUUUAAACAGUGUGUGGGCAAAAUAGACCUAGAAAACAGAAUCGGGGGUUCACCGGACAUUAUUGAUAGAAUCGUGUCGCGAGCUUUGAAGCAAAUCAAAUCUGUCCAAAGGGUGAUUUUUGCUCGUAAUGCGUCAUCUUCGGGUCAUCUACAUAAAAAAACAGGCAGUGACAACAUCUACGAUUUGAGUGGGAUCCGGGGAACAGAAGCGGAUAUCCGAAUUCUACUUGAUGCAGUUUUGAUUCCUUUUGCAGAAGAAAUGGAACUGACUAUUGAAACUGAGAAAUCGUACAAGAAUAAAAAUCUACCCAACUGUAAGUUUGAUUAUCGACUUCGCUACAAAAAUGACGUUGUCGGUUUGGUUGAGGCUAAGAGUCGGCUUUAUGGAAAUGGGCUUGGACCAGAAUCAGUUGUACAAGGAAUUCUCCAACUGUCUGCUCUACAAGCAGAAGUUUAUGGAAGGAGGUCCAAAACACUGUCUUCCAAACAACUUGGUCGUUUACCAUUUUUCAACAUCAUCUCUGAUGGUUUCCAAUUCAUCUUCAUGCAACUUGAUCAUGAUGAAUUGCGUUUCGACCAUCAGCCAGGGAGGAAUGUUUUCGGAGACGAUAUGUCCACCCUCAGAUUCUACAUCAUGGAUAGUCGGGAACAGAUAGAGAACAUUCUAGAAAGACUAGCAAAGCUUAUGUUCCAGAUAAUUCGCAGCAUUGACCAGACGGAAGAAGAAGAAAAAGAGGAAGUAGAAGAAGAAGAAGAAACUGAGGAUGAGGGUAUGGAGGUAUAUGAGACAGACGGGGAUGGAACUAUCAUAUUAGAUUGAAUACACAUUCCACAGUAGACUCGCGUGUGUGUGAUAGCGAUAUCAUGGAUUGUAGGAUUUGUGAGAGGUGACUAAGUUUGAGAUCUUAUAUUUUAUUUUUUAACAUUUUCCUAAUGUGUCCUUUGACACUGUGCCUCACCAUUAGUUGAGCGUUCGCCAAAUAAGGAUCUAUUUCCUGGACAAGGCUUAUCAGAGUCUAUACAGUGGUAGUCGCUACUCCUUUUUAAAGGUAUUAAACAUUUUGUGAGAGUAUGAUGUAACGGCGUGUCUACAGCUGACAGAACACGUCAUGAGGUACAGUGUAGCAUUUCACAGCCAGCAUCAAUCCGAUUGAGUGAGGUAGUCACCAGCUACUACAAGGAGUCCCACCUCAAAAUGAGCCCGGGUGAUCACGGGGCGAUACCAGCCCCCCCCCCCCCCCCCCC